GCGUGUGGGCCCUUGAACCCAGCCUUCUUUUCCUCUUGUCGUGCCUUGCCUUCUGUAUAAGCGGCCACACUUUCUCCCUGGCAGCCUUAUCCUGCGGUAUCAGAGCCUCUUUGAUGCGGAGCUUCUUCUCGUCCAGAAACGUGUUCCCCUUGGUCAUUUUCCAGAUUAUGUCCCUGUAAUGGCGCAUAGUUAAGCGCAAAAUGAUAUUGCGAGGUGGUCCAUCAUAUCUUCGUUUCCCAAGUCGAUCACGUCUCUUAGCUUGUCUUUGAUGCACGGAGUCACCUUUCCCAGGAUAUUAAUGACUGCUUCCCUAAUAUUCCUCUACCUCUUUUACACCUUGGAUUUUCAGAUUCCACCUGCGAAAGUACCUUUGAAGUUCAGCUACAUUCUCACAGGUCAUUAUUUGGGGGUUGCAGUUUCUAAAACUCAUUCUCUAGGAACGUUAUAUUUUCCUCGUUUUCGCUCACAAUUUUGUGAAGCUGACUGACAGUUUCUGACAACUGAUCGAUCUGGAUUGGAUUGCAGAGAAAAGUUCAGACAUGGAAAUGUCUUACUUUUUUCACCGGUGGAUUUUUAAUUGGAGUCUGAGGUAAAAAGGUCGCAGGACUUUCGUCCUGGUCUGUUUUGUUCUUUCUCUUGCUUGAGCUCGCAGCAUCUUGUGUAUCCAUGCUGCUUUGGUUCUCGUCGUGGCCAGCUAGCAUGUCUGCCGUCUUCUGUGAGGCUUGGAUAUUCCGUUUAUUAUUGUCUUUCUGUCGUGUUCUUCCAAUUCAACUUGACAAAAACGAAAUCUAAACUUAUCCUAUGCCGCUAAAACAAGUUGUAGUUAGUUUCUUUCAACAGUGAUAGCCAAUGAAAGACUGUUAAAACCACUUAACCCUCAAUGUUGCUUUGACAAGCGAGAGAACACGCCCUCAGCGACGCCAUCUUGGACAUCCUGAGGAAUCUACUUCGAGACUGUGGUGUGUUCAUCUCAAUACUUCAAAACUCCUAAACACGUCACAAAUCUGGUACGUGGGUCUUUCCAGUGAGUUGGGGAAGAAUGAGGAACCAUGGCACAGUUUGAAAGCCUGAUAUGGACUAUACCUAUUAUAUUGGUGCUUGAAAGCAUUGGAUCCUGUAUUGCAUGUGGUAGAGCUGAGUACAGAAUAAGGGAUGAAUGUUGUCCCAUGUGUUCACCAGGAAAUCGUGUACAUAGGCAUUGUACUGAAUUCACCAGUACCAGCUGUGUGCCCUGUGUUGAUUCUACUUUCCUUGAUGAGCCCAAUGGUCUCAUAAAAUGCAAAGUGUGUACCAACUGUGAUCCAGGUUUGGGUUUGAAGGUAAAGCAGCCAUGUACACCUUCAUCAGACACUGUCUGUGGGACACUGGAGGGGUUCUACUGUCUAGACCCAACUAAGGAUGGUUGUAGAGCAGCCCAGAGACACAGCGGCUGUGAACCUGGUCAAUACAUCAGUCACACAGGAACAACAUCUACAGAUACUGUGUGUGCUAUCUGCCCUGAUAAAACUCAUUCAGAUGGAUCAUUAACAUCUUGUCAACCACAUACAGAAUGUGAAUUCUUGGAAAUUAAACCAGGAACUCCUUUUUCGGAUUCAGAAUGUGGAGUAUCCUCACUUCCCACAGUUGAAAUCAUAGCUGGUGUUCUGAUAGGUGUUCUAUUUUUUCUGACCAUAGCUGGUGUUUGUUUAUUUAUGAGAAGAAGAAAAAUGGUGAGAACAAGACAAAACAUAGCCCAUCAAAUACCUACACAGGCAUCCCCAGAUCAGGAAAUAUCAAUGCUGCCUGGGGGAAACGAUUCGAGCCCCCGUCACAGUCAGGGAGUCAACGUUGUGUAAUCUGGCUGUUCCAGCCAUCUAUAGUAAAUCUUAACACUACAUGUUAAAUUUCAUAUUGUAGAAUCUGGUUGGUAUAAGGACCACUGUGUCUUUGUAUCACAUGGGGAUGUUUGAAACUUACUCCUCAGCCUGAACUGUCCCCACUUGGGUCACCGAAUAGCUAGCUUUUCAUGUGGGCACCACUGGUAAGAUGCUUCGGAAGGGUGGUCACAUAUCAGCUUCUGCCUACAUCCUACAGACUGGUCUAAAAUGGAAAGGAGCAUGUGAUGAGUAUAAAUUAGCUUCACAUUGCUAGGAAACAGCUUCAGUAGCUGAGAACCCUCUGCUCUGCCUACAGACUGGUCUAAAAUGGAAAGGAGCAUGUGAUGAGUAUAAAUUAGCUUCACCUUGCUAGGUAACAGCUUCAGUAGCUGAGAACCCUCUGCUCUUCCCAGGGGAAAGUCAAAUGUGUGUAUAACUUCAGGACCACAACAUUUAUGUCAGCCCAGACUAUGGAACUCCAAAUGGGACUUGAAAAUAUCUUGAGACACAGAUUACUGGAUACUGGUGCAGGAUGCAGCUUUCGCUUGGGGAAGGUUCCCCAGAAAUGAGAAACAUCAUCAAAAGGGUGGGAAGGAAAAUUCAAAUGGAUAACUUUUCUACAAUCUUUGCUUUAUCUAAUCCAAUGCAAUAAUGUUAAGAUAUGAUUGACGGUUGGUUGUAUAAUGAGUGUGGUCUCCUGUUUCGCCACACAGAUGUUUACUAUUGACUACUGAGGUAUUCUGUAUGUGAAACUGUCUGCAAUUGCAUUUUAUUACUAAAGCGUUUUAUACCAAGGU